GCUCAGUGCCUGAACCUCAUCGACGAUUCGUUGGCGUUCCCCACCCUGCCCGACUCGACGGCAGAGAACUUUAAAGUCUGCACCGACAUAGCUGGUUCGAUCAAGGGUAUGGGUUUCGCCGGUGAUUUGAGCUUCUAUGAGAUUUUGCUAUCGACGGGCAAUUCCAUAACCUAGUAUCCGAGUGACUUGUGACAUGGGAGGACUCGAUAGGACAAGGCAAAGAGUGCUCUUUAGGCUUUGGAUCGAUCCGCAAUGAUGUGGACUGAUGAGCUUGUUGGGAUUAAUCGAAAUUUCACAAGAUUGGGAAGGAAGUCUGCUUGUUGUCGCUCAUCUAGCUGUCGAGAUAAGACAAUCAUGAAGUGUUCUUGGGCAGUUCCUUUAUCCAUCUGAAGAGGACACUUCUAAGUUGAUGAGAUUCUUGGUGGAGAGGUUGUCUGAGACAUCUGCAGUCGGGAAAGCAGCUGAUAGCGGACAAGGGGAUGGAGAAAAUCUUAGCAAUUCGCAAUUUGAGCAGAGGCUUUGGCUGAAGGGUGAAGUGCCUGAGUCAGCAUCAGCUGACCUGAAGGAUUCAGAUGAUAAGUCCAGUGAAAAGGCACAAAGUGCAACUCCUGCUAAUAUCAUGAGAAAUGAAACACAAGAUUGCAGGAAAGAUAGAUUUGAAGUAGUGAAGAAGGGCAAUGAUUCUAUUGAUGAAUCUGAAGAAGCAAAAGCAGUUGCUUCUGGAAAUCUGAUCAACCCAUCUGAUAAACAAUGUCACAAGAUGAAAUGUUCCGUUGAAGAAAUGCGGCAUAGAAGAAAAAGGAUUGAGGAGGCGCUGAAGGAGAGGACUUCAGAAUUGCAACAUCUCAACAAGGAGUUGGAGCUGCUAAAGGCAGCUGCAGAAAUGGCUUUAAAUGAGGAUCAUCCUGGCGAUUUCUUCAUUGAGACACACAAUGGAGACAUAGAUGCCAAAAAGAAGAAUCUUAUCGAGUUGGAGUCACAGGGGAAUGCUCUAAGAAUGACUCUGGAAGAGAAGAAGAGAGGUCUUGAAGAGUCAAUCUAUGGGUCCAAACCAGAUCUUUAUGCAAAGUUCCGGAAUCUGAAAGAAGUUGAGAGAGAAACAGACUCCAUUCUCUCUGAAACUCAAACGCGGAAAGGUGAAUACAGUUGGCUUCUUGCUGAACUGAAGAAGCAGCCAAGGCAAGAAUCUCGAAGAUCAUACAUCAACCGGAUGAAUGAAAUUACGAAGAACAGCCGUAAACAGGACGCUGACAUAGAGAGAAUCCUCAGAGACACUCGGGAACUCCAGUUAGAGAGCAAUUCCAUUCAAGAGCGGCUCCAUCGAACUUAUGCUGUUACUGACGAGACUGUGUUCAGGGAGGCAAAGAAAGACCAAGUAGGGAGGCAGGCUUACAGGCUUCUCACGAGCAUCCACGAGACCUUCGAGCAGAUCACUGAGAAGAUCCUUGCUACUGACAGAGUGCAGAGAGAGAGAGCAGAGCACGAGAAAAAGCUUGCAGGGAUGGCAACCGGAAGUUCAAACAUAAGCAAGCUAGAGGCUAAUCUCGAAACCAUUGUCAAGGAAAACGAGUACCUGGAGCAACGCCUCCAACAUAACCAAAACUGAGAAGCAUUUUUGUUCAAAUUGGAUUAUCACAGUUGACAAGUACGCACCCUGGAGCUUCCCCAUGCCUUCAUUCGUCAAGUGUCCAAUUUCGAGAUGAGUUCAUUUGUUCAUUAUUUUCCAUUUUUGCGGAAGUAGCUUGUCAAUAUGGAUCACGUGAGCAAUGAAUUAAACAACUAUCGUUGCCAUUGUGAUUCCAUUUCGAUCGGAAGGUGAAAAGGAACCACAGAUCCCUAAUCUUCUGCUUCAAUAUACUGGGCCUCAAAACAUUUAUCGGUUU